AUGGCCAUCCGGAACGAAUACUGGGGAGAUGUCGUCACAAUCGUCCCUACGAUCGGGGCAGCGACCGCGACGCUCAUCUAUAUCCUACGACUGGUGGCAUGUCGCAAGUACACGGUCGGAUGCCAGUUGGAGGAUUGGUUGAUGGGCAUCGGUCUGGUCCUCUCAUACGGGGCCACGGCCUUUGUUGUCUAUACCGCCCUCAAUGGUUUAGGAGUUCCAGGAAACGAAAUACCGCAGGAUGAACGGAUUCGCCUACAGUUUGGGUCGUGGAUGAUCCAGAAGUUCUGGCCGCCAUCCAUGGCAUUUGUGAGGAUUUCUAUUUUACUCUUCUUGAAACGGCUUUUCAGUACCGUGAAGAGGAUCCGUGUGAUAGUGACUUGUCUUAUCAUCUUUACCAUCAUGUGGGCCUUUACCGAGCUCAUGGGGAAUAUAUUUCAAUGUCACCCAGUUCACUAUUACUAUGACACCUCACUAGACGGGCACUGUAUGCCAGGUCAGACCAAACUAUUCCAAACGACGGCAUGCUUAUCUCUAGUGGAAGACGUGGUCAUUUUGUUCCUGCCAAUGCCGGUGGUUUGGCGCUUGGGAAUUACAUUUCGAGAGAAAAUUGCUUUUACAUUUGUUUCCUCUCUGGGUACAUUGGUCUGCAUCUUUAGCUUGCUGCGAGUGAUCGAAUUCAACCACUUUGACACCAACGACCUCGCCUUGUCCAGCGCCAAAGAGUCCAUCUGGACCACCCUCGAACUCAACGUCGCCAUUAUAUGUGGCUGUCUUCCCCUCUUAAAGCCUCUGAUCCAAAGAUUUCUAGGAAAGGCCAACGGUCAGUCGACCUAUUCUACACGCAUGCCACACUACGUCACCAGCGCUAGCCAAGAUCCCGAUGGAUUCCAUAAGAUUAGCUAUCCCCACGGUCUGGGUGCGAAUAAAAAUGUAGUGGUGACAGCAGAAGGUACUGGGAGAUGCAGUUCGGAUGUUGAUCUGCGUGGAAUCACCGUGCGUACCGCGAUCGAGCAGGACGUAGAGGAUCGACCACUUAGCGCGAGCCCAGAUGGAGUGGUCGAAAGGACAUGGCUGCGAUGA